CCGAUGAAUAUAGGAAGGAAUAAGGAAGUGUUUGCGUUUCACGUGGUGGCAUGGCUGAUGUACCUACAGAUGCACCGGAGCAUUGCCCGGGGACCACCAGCGCUCAGGCUGGACAGGGAGCUGCUUGUCAGGGAUGCCCGAACCAGACUGUGUGUGCUUCAGGGGCGGCAGCGGGUCCUGACCCAGCCAUAGAAGAAAUAAAAGAGAAAAUGUCAACCGUCAAACACAAAAUCGUGGUCCUGUCGGGGAAAGGCGGAGUGGGUAAGAGCACUUUCAGUGCUCACCUGGCACAUGGAAUGGCUGAGGACGAGAACAAACAGAUAGCUUUGCUUGAUGUGGAUAUCUGUGGACCAUCGAUUCCAACAAUGAUGGGUCUAGAGGGCGAACAGGUUCACCAGAGUGGAUCUGGUUGGUCUCCUGUGUAUGUAGAAGAUAAUUUGGCUGUGAUGUCCAUUGGAUUCUUGCUCAGCAGUCCGGACGAUGCUGUUAUAUGGAGAGGUCCCAAAAAAAAUGGGAUGAUUAAACAAUUCCUGAGAGAUGUAGACUGGGGUGAACUGGAUUAUCUGAUUAUCGAUACACCCCCUGGUACAUCAGAUGAACACCUCUCUAUAGUACAGUAUCUGAGCGCCGCUGGCAUUGACGGAGCCGUCCUUAUUACUACUCCUCAGGAAAUAUCACUUCAGGAUGUUCGAAAAGAAAUCAAUUUUUGUCGCAAAGUGAAGCUGCCGAUCAUAGGUGUUGUAGAGAACAUGAGCGGUUUUAUUUGCCCAAAAUGUAAGAACGAAUCUCAGAUUUUCCCCCCAACAACCGGCGGAGCAGAAAAGAUGUGCAGUGACUUUAAUGUCCCCUUAUUGGGGAAGGUUCCCUUGGACCCCAUUAUAGGAAAGAGCUGUGACAACGGGAAAUCAUUUUUUGCUGAAAUUCCAGAUUCACCAGCAACAAAAUCCUACAGAACAAUAAUCCAAAAAAUUCAGGAACAUUGUGAAAGGAACCUCUAACCAAUCCCAUCUGCUUAACAACUGAGAAAAUGGCAGAACCAGCAAUGUAACAACCAGUUUGUGACUUUAGCAAGAAGUUUAUUUUUUAACAGGAUGAUUUAAGUUAUAUUAAAAAAAAUAAGGCCUUAAAGUUGACCUGAGAUUCCUGUGAUUCGUGGGAUUCCUUAGACGCGCCACACAACAUCUGUUGCUCACAAAACGUGAAUAUGGCGUCUGUCUGUAUUAUCAGAUUAAAUUAAAACUAAUUUGUCUAUAAA